AUGGAUCGUCAGUCUGUGUAUUCGGCUCGAGUGUACGAGUCCAACUUUGGCGAUGUCGACGACACCAGGCUGCAGCUGCAGUCCCAGCUGGAGACUUUCAUCCUGGACUUCCGCCUCGACAACAACUUUGUCUAUCGAGACCAGCUGAGAGAAAAUGCGCUGCUGAAGAAGUUCUACUGCGAUGUCGAUAUUAAGGAUCUAAUCAGCUUCAACGAAGAGCUUGCACAUAGACUGGUGUCAGAGCCUGCUGAGAUUAUUCCUCUUUUCGAAGCAGCACUGAAGAAAUGCACACAUCGAAUUGUGUUCCCCCACGAGAAAACCGUCGAUCUUCCCGACCACCAGCUUCUGCUGCACUCUGAUGCAGACGAUGUGUCGAUUCGCAAUCUCGAUUCUAUGACAAUUGCUCGAAUGGUCCGCGUCCCAGGCAUUGUGAUUGGAGCUUCCGUCAUGUCCUCAAAAGCAACCGAGUUAAACAUCCAGUGCAGAAACUGCAACCAUUCCCAGGUGCUCCCUAUCCUCGGUGGCUUCACAGGUGUCACACUGCCGAGACAAUGCGGGCGAAAGCGUCUUCCCAAGGAUCCCACGCCGACUUGUCCGCUAGACCCAUACUUUGUUCUGCAUGAGAAAUGCCGCUUCGUUGAUCAGCAGGUUAUUAAGCUUCAGGAGGCCCCGGAUCAAGUCCCUGUGGGAGAGCUGCCUCGCCAUGUGCUCAUCACCGCCGACAGAUAUCUAACAAACAGAGUAGUCCCCGGCUCUCGAUGUACAGUGAUGGGUAUCUUCUCCAUUUAUCAAAACAAAGCGUCGAAAAACUCGUCAACGGGAGGCGCAGUUGCUAUUCGAACACCAUAUCUGAGAGCUGUGGGAAUCCAAACCGACAUUGAUCAAGCUGCCAAAGGAAACGCUACAUUCUCAGAAGAAGAGGAACAGGAGUUUUUGGAGUUGAGCAGACGGCCAGACCUGUACAACAUCAUGGCAGAUUGCAUUGCGCCAUCCAUCUAUGGAAACCGAGACAUCAAAAAGGCCAUUCUUUGCCUGCUACUCGGUGGAUCAAAGAAGAUUUUACCCGACGGCAUGAGACUAAGAGGCGACAUCAAUGUGCUGCUUCUUGGUGACCCUGGUACUGCAAAGUCGCAACUCUUAAAAUUCGUCGAAAAGGCAGCUCCGAUUUCCAUCUAUACGUCCGGAAAAGGUUCAUCAGCAGCUGGUCUGACGGCCUCUGUUCAGCGAGAUCAGUCGACAAGAGAAUUCUACCUGGAAGGCGGUGCCAUGGUGCUCGCUGAUGGCGGUGUGGUAUGCAUUGAUGAGUUUGACAAGAUGCGAGACGAGGACCGAGUAGCCAUCCACGAAGCUAUGGAACAGCAAACGAUAUCGAUUGCCAAGGCUGGUAUCACAACUAUUCUCAAUGCCAGGACGUCUGUCCUUGCCGCUGCCAACCCCAUUUUUGGACGGUACGAUGACAUGAAGACGCCAGGAGAGAACAUCGACUUCCAGACGACCAUUCUGUCACGUUUUGACAUGAUCUUCAUUGUCAAGGAUGAGCAUACCCGUGAGAAGGAUGAGAGGAUGGCUAAGCACGUCAUGGCCAUCCAUAUGGAUGGCCGCGGUGCUGAGGAUGUAGCCGAGUCUGAGAUUCCCGUGCAGAAGAUGCGACGGUACAUUACUUACUGCAAAACACGAUGCGCUCCUCGACUCAGUCCCGAGGCUGCUGAGAAGCUGUCCUCUCACUUCGUCUCCAUCCGACGGCAAGUCCACGCCGCCGAGAUUGAGGCUAAUACACGAUCUUCCAUUCCCAUCACAGUCCGUCAGCUCGAAGCCAUUGUCCGAAUCACAGAAUCUCUCGCUAAAUUAACCCUCUCGCCAAUUGCCACCGAAGCACAUGUCGACGAGGCCAUCCGCCUCUUCCUGUGCUCAACCAUGGAUGCAGUCAACCAGGGCAGCAACCAAGGCAGCCGCGAAAUGAACGAUGAGGUGAGCCGUCUUGAAGCUGAGCUGAAGCGGCGGCUGCCCAUUGGAUGGAGCACCAGUCUAGCCACACUGCGCAGGGAAAUGGUAGAAGGAAAAGGCUACAGUGAGCAAGCCUUGAAUCGGUCGCUAAUGCUGCUGCAACGGAGGGAUACAAUCAUGUUUAGAAACCAAGGAGCGCAGGUUUACCGCAACGGAGCUUAA